AUGGCAAAGCGAUCAGCCGCAGUGUGGAGCUUGCUACUAUUCGCCUUGUUCUGCCUAAGCUCCCAGUUGGCACACGCCCAGGUCCUCUUCCAGGGGUUCAACUGGGAGUCGUGGAAGAAGCAGGGCGGGUGGUACAACUUCCUCCAUGGCCGCGUCGACGACAUCGCCGCGACCGGGGUCACGCACGUCUGGCUCCCUCCGCCGUCGCACUCCGUCGCGCCGCAGGGGUACAUGCCGGGCCGGCUCUACGACCUGGACGCGUCCAAGUACGGCACGGAGGCGGAGCUCAGGUCGCUCAUCGCCGCCUUCCACGGCAGGGGCAUCAUGUGCGUCGCCGACAUCGUCAUCAACCACCGGUGCGCGGACUACAAGGAUAGCCGCGGCAUCUACUGCAUCUUCGAGGGCGGCACGCCGGACAGCCGCCUCGACUGGGGCCCCGACAUGAUCUGCAGCGACGACACGCAGUACUCCAACGGCCGCGGUCACCGCGACACCGGCGCCGACUUCGCCGCCGCGCCCGACAUCGACCACCUCAACACGCGUGUGCAGAGCGAGCUCUCCGACUGGCUCAACUGGCUCAAGAAUGACCUUGGCUUCGACGGCUGGCGCCUCGACUUCGCCAAGGGUUACUCGGCGGCCGUCGCCAAGACGUACGUCGACAGCACUGACCCGUCCUUCGUCGUCGCCGAGAUAUGGAGCAACAUGCGCUACGACGGCAACGGCGAGCCGUCGUGGAACCAGGACGCUGACCGGCAGGAGCUGGUGAACUGGGCGCAGACCGUGGGUGGCCCAGCGUCGGCGUUCGACUUCACGACCAAGGGUGUGCUGCAGGCGGCGGUGCAAGGCGAGCUGUGGCGGAUGAAGGACGGCAACGGCAAGGCCCCGGGGAUGAUCGGCUGGCUGCCGGAGAAGGCUGUCACAUUCAUUGACAACCAUGACACUGGCUCCACACAGAAUUCAUGGCCAUUCCCCUCUGACAAGGUCAUGCAGGGCUAUGCCUACAUCCUCACACACCCAGGAGUUCCAUGCAUCUUCUACGACCAUGUAUUUGACUGGAAUCUGAAGCAGGAGAUAAGCACGUUGGCAGCUGUGAGGUCAAGGAAUGGGAUUCAUCCAGGAAGCAAGCUGAACAUCCUUGCUGCUGAUGGAGAUGUCUAUGUCGCCAUGAUCGAUGACAAGGUGAUCACAAAGAUUGGUACACGGUAUGAUGUGGGCAACUUGAUCCCGUCGGACUUCCAUGUCGUUGCUCAUGGCAGCAAUUACUGCAUCUGGGAAAAGAGUGGUCUCAGGGUUCCAGCAGGGCGGCACCACUAGGCAAAGAAUAUUUUUUCUUUCAGGACUAUUUGGUGCCUGGAAUGAGAUAUUUAAAUGAUAUCUUAAAUAACCAGAGAACCAUUGAAUGACAGAUAAAUAUUUAUCUUUCAGGACUAUUUAUGCCUGGAAUAAGAAAUUUAAGCAUGUUA